CCUAUAAUCGCCUUUCUCUUCUCUCGCGCACCGUGUCGCUACGUUGUCUCUCCCCUCCCGCCCGUCUUACCAAAACCCUCAUCGAUCGUCGUCCCGGCAAGUCCAGCUCUCUUUGCCGCUCACUCUACGCUGCCCCCUUCUUGGACCUCGUAGCAUCAUCAAUAGCGAGAAGGUUUGCAGUCGGUGCUUGCAGCACAAACGUUGUCCCGUCGAUCGUCUCGAUCAGUGCUUCGAGCCGCCAGGCGCUGGUCAAGAGCUCGCUCUCCCCCUCCCAAGAGUCGUUCGAAAACAGAUGUUUGCAGUUUGGAUGUGCCGAACCAUCGUCUAGCUUUGGCUGCACCUUUCGCAUCGUUCGAACUCGUCUGAACCGUUUUCAAGUCGCUUCCGUGCCAGCCUCCCAUCGAUCCUGACCGACGUGAAAAGCAUGGAGCACUCGCCUCCUUCGGCCGACGUCAAGUAUCAGCAAGCCGCCCUUGCUGUUCAGCAGUCGACCGGCAUGACGAUGGAAGAGUUGGUCAAGAUGCAUCGUUCGCUGUCGAGCCGUCGCGCAUCGACGUCACGAAUGCGGAAGCGAAAAUGGUCACACUCAAACCAGAAUCGAUCCGUCCCCCCGACCUUGGGCACCCCCCAAGGACCGUCUCCCAACAGCGUGGAGAUCUCCCAAGCCACCGCCCAGAUGAGCAGAGGUAGCCACUCGGCGCCGGCUGCUCCGCCGUUGUCUCGCAUUGUAUCGCACAGCUCGUUUGGCGCCAGUCCACCUCUGGUCAUGUCUCAGUGGCAGCAGGCGAACGGCACCGACUGCGGCGGCAACACGUCGGACCAGAGGCAACCUCGAUUCGUCGAGGGCGAAUGGCAUGAUCCCUCCGAGUUCGUCGACGACAUGUCCAACUUCACCUUUCACACCCAGCUUAACUACACGACGACCAGCAGGCCUGAGCACCAGGCGUACAGCCCCGACUUCGCUUUCUCGGAAAGCCUACAGUCUCCGUGGACAGCAACGUCGUCGCCUUCCUUCGAUAGCUCACGCCUUUCCCUCGACCUGACCGACACUUCCGUGUCAUCCUUCAGCAUGAGCCGUGACCCUACGCGAGGUUCCUCGACAGAGUCGCUGGCUAAUCAAGUCUCUUUGAUGCGUGUAAAGUCAGAGACUUCAUACCUCUCUCUUCCAGAUCCUCCUUUCCGUCAUCCCUUCUCCGUCCCAGUUGAGACUAGUUCUUCCUAUCCUUCUUCUGACACUCAGUUCGUACCUCAUCACACUGUUCUUUCAUCUCCUGUGCCCAUCAUCUCUGCUCAAAGCGCAUCUCUUGAGUCUCCCUCCGAAGAUUUCAACUACACCGCCGCGUCAUGCGAGGUGCCAUCUGACCCUUCGCAUGGCGCCGCGUCUGACAUGCAACGCUCUUCUUCCAAUCAAUCCUCAACGUCAAAAACUUCCUCUAAAAGUCGCUCGCAAAAACGUCGUCUCGAAACACUUCAGCAUUCUCAGCGUUUCCUUGCUCCUGCUCAAACUUCGCAUUCAUCAUUAUCUUCUUCUUCUACUUCAUCUUCAUCAUCAUCAUCACAGUACACGAAGAAAGAGCAUAGUCAAAACAUGUUUCAAGGAAACUCAAUGGUUAGACUUAAAUCUGAGAACGGUGAGGAGAAGGUGUACGGCGUGCUCCCAAGAAACACAGAUCGACAAAUGCGGCCCGCACAGCAGAAGGUGAAGUGUCCAAGGUGUGAGGACCACCCUGAUGGUUUCAGAGGUGAACAUGAGUUACAGAGACACAUGUCAAGAGCACAUGCCAAGAUCCGCAAGGUCUGGGUGUGUGUCGAUCCGACACCCGACCAGAAGUUCCUUGCCAACUGCAAAGCCUGCAGGACGAAAAAGCGCUAUGGUGCUUACUACAAUGCCGCAGCACACCUUCGCCGCACCCAUUUCAAUCCGCGGAAGAAGGGUCGCCGAUGCAAGGGCGAGGAAUACGAGAAACGUGGUGGUAAAGGUGGCGGCAACUGGCCGCCUAUGAGCCUCAUCAAAGCACACUUUAUCCGCGAGAUCGAAGAAGUGGUUGACGAGAACGAGGAGCAAAAAGAAGAUAGCACAGAGUGUGACGAGGACGACGACGAUACCGAGCUCGAGCAGUGUGCUGACCUGCCCGCCAACCUCGCCGAUGCUUCGCCUUAUGACGCGAUUUCCUUCAACUUCGCCGAUGCGGCCUUGGGUGCACCGCCGCUGGAUGCGUUUCCGCCCGUCUCUUCGAAUGAGCUUCACGUCGCACCAGUCUUCAAUGGCUCGAUGACCUUCUACAACAGUGACAUGAUGUCCCAAGCCAAUGCCAUGUACGCUGAUGACAUGCCGUUCGACGCCGAUCAGCCCGAGUUCACGCAAACCGACGAAGCGUUCAAUAACUUCACGGGUGGGCAGACUUGAGCAGCGCGAUCGCAGGGAGCUUUCUAUGCUCGAUGCGAUGUUCUGCUGCCACUUCUUGACUCUUUUUUCUGUUAUCACGCUUUCUUACUUCAGUAUCUUACUGCUACUUGGUCACUUUCAUGGUUGCACUACUUUCUUAAUCACGAAGUCAACGGUCAUGUCACAGUUGUUUCGCAGACGCUUCCUAACCAGCCUUGAGCUACGGUACGUUUACGCGGUACCGCUCGGGCUUAGGAAGUGUUUGUGACCUUUGAUCUCACAUUUCUUACUUAAAUCACAUUUCACAACCAUUUCUUAGUCAAAACUUCUCAGACCUUUUUUUGUAUCCUUUGCUCAAUGUGUAAACACACGUCUUUGUGAAACGCGACCCGUAUCAUAUUCUUUCUACGAAGCUCAAGUGUGUAACUUGGUAAGCAGCUGAGGUCGAUUUUAUUUCAGAGACCAAAUCAAAAUCGACCCAGCAAGAAUACUUUGAUUAUUUCAAUGGUCCAUGACGGACAUGAGGUGAUUGAAUAUACCUCUUGAAAUCCAUCUCUGUACAUAGACUUCUUCCCGCCGAAAAGGCGGACCAUCUAAUGACUAGGCCAACGGAAU